AUGGAAGCUGUGGCUAUUGAAGGCGUAAAAUUUAUACUGGAGAAGUUGUAUGCGGUAGCUGCUGAUGAAAUCAAUCUUGUGCGUGGUUUCAAGAACGAACUAGCAAGCCUAAAAAAAUACUUGGAAAAGGUCAACCAAGUCUUGGAAGGUGCUGCAAGGCUGGAAAUCAUCGACAUGGAUGUUAAAAGCUGGCUCAAGGACCUCGAGUAUGCUGCAUAUGAUGCCGACAUUGUUUUGGACGAGAUCAAAUAUGAAGAUCUGCGUCGUACAAUUGAGACCCAGGACGAGAUUAAGCCAAAGGGGUGCUUAAACAUCCCUUGUUGUACUGAUACUACUUUGACAUUUCAACGGGAGAUGGCUCACAAAGUCAAGGACAUAAAUGCCAACUUCAAAAGGAUAAACAACGAAGCUGAUAGCCUUGGCCUUAACAGAGUUAAAAAUUAUCCUCUGGCAAAGCCUGCGGUCAUUGACACUACUAGCUUCACUGUUGAUCCAAUUGUCGUUGGAAGAGAAAUUGAUGAAUCAGAAAUUCUGGAGACAAUAACGGGCUCGAUCAAUACUGUCCUUUCAGUCCUUCCCAUAGUCGGAAUGGGUGGGCUUGGCAAGACGACUUUAGCACGUAAGAUCUACAAUCACCAUCGUACACAAACCCAUUUUGGCAAAAGGAUUUGGGUUUGUGUAUCAGAAAAUUUUGAUCAGCUGACGCUUUUCAAAAGGAUUCUGGAAUUAUUGUGCAAAGAUUUUGGUGGAGAUAGCAAGCAAGCUGUUGUUCAAAAGAUUGCAGAGGAAUUACAAAACAAAAGAUACUUGCUAGUUCUCGAUGAUUUAUGGAAUGAAGAAACAGAAGAUUGGGAGGAAUUCAAAAAUACACUGGAGGGAGCAAGCUCCAAUAAAGGAAAUUUCAUUAUCGUCACCACACGUAAGGAAAAGGUGGUCUCUAUUGUGAACACUUGCAAUCGUCCAUGUAGAUUGAGGUCAUUAACAGCUGAUGAAUGCUGGUCCAUAAUCAAAACAAUGGUAUUUCAAGAUAAAGAAGUACCGGAAAAAUUUGCGAUUACUGGACUGGAGAUUGCUCGCAAAUGUAGAGGUUUACCUCUAGCAGCAAAUAUGAUUGGAAGAGUUUUGCGAGGCAAGGAAAUAGAAGAGUGGGAUUCAGUUCUAGAGUCUGGGCUUUCAAAUCUUGAAGAGGGGGAGAAGGGUGUGUUGAAAAUCUUAAAG